AUGCUGUCGAAAUUGUGCAAAAAUCCAACAAAUUCGUCACAAAAUGCCCGUUUCGUGCCGGAUCUGGUGAGAUGUUGCCCAGAAGUGUGUAACAGCCCGAAUUCUGCGUCUGAUGUUUACGAAGAGAUUGAGGAUGUGCGCGAGAGAGUGUCUCAGCUUCCGUGUUUCGUCGCGGGUGCGCCAAAGCCGCCCAGGCAUCCAGUAGCGCCCCGCCGAGAGGUCAUGGGCCAGAACGUCAGUCUCCGUCGGCCCCGAAUAUCCCUCACGUGGGUCCUGCGCGAUCACCAAACGCCCCCAGUGGCGCCCUCAUCGGAGCAUCGACCCGGAAAACAGCUGCAACACCGGAAGAAAUCACGCGGAGAACGUUUGUUCAGCGAGAGCGACCACAAGACCUGCCCAGAGUCAGAUAGGAAUUCGCUAAGUGGCAACAGCAAGUCCAGUUUGAUCGCCAAUGAGCGACUUCUCGAGGGUGGGCUUAAGAAUACUCGAUCAGAGCCGAGUCUCUUUGCUCCGAGUCAAGCGAAUCGGCGGCAUAGACACAGGAAGAGACGUGAGAGGAAUCGCUGUCCACGCUUCGGAUACGAGAUUACAAAUGUCGAUGAUUUUCUUUCUAAGUGUUCUCUAUCAUCGCCUGGGAACAUCCCAGUGGUGCUGUCUGAGGCCAGCACGUUGUACCAGACCCGAUCUGGUGGUUAUCAGCUUGAGAUUCCUCUUCCUCUUGGCAUGGUAGUCAAUGCCGUGUUCAAGAACCAAAGUUGGCUCUACGUUCAGACACCGCAUGCAGAAGAAGGAUACGUUAACUAUGCCUCUUGCCUUCCUCUCGGCAUCCUUCCAGCGGUUAGGACCUCAAAGCCACCGGCUUGUUGGGAGACGAACGGCGAUAUUUUCCCGAAGCCUAGCGGAGGAAAUAUGACGGACAGCGAGAAGGAGCUUCAAAUGCGCGGCACGCGUUCUGAGGGUGCACGGACGCCGCGUUCGAAGCGUUCGAAGUCUUGCGGGGAGAAACAAGUGGAUGCACUCUUCCUACGGGCAACUAGUCAGCCGAAACUCUACGAGAAGCCCGCUCCAGUGAAGAUUACAUGCAUUCCAAAGCCUAACAUCCACGAUGAAUAUGUCUCGCUGCUGCCUAAGCCUCGUCGUGCACCUCUGGCCAUCAAGUCGCCUCUUCUGCUCCGGGAAACUUUGUUGGCGGUACGCGAGAACUAUAUGUCCGAGUCGGUGAACGUUCGGAAAGGAGAUGUGGUGACGCUAUUGGCGUGCAAGGAGUACAGAGACAAGAACUCCUGCCGACAGUGGUUCUUCGUGAAGACCAGGGACGGGGGCGAGGGCUACAUUCCCGCCGAAGUGGCUGGGCAUGGGUUUUUGUGAGUGAAAGACUGACAUUGUAUUACCUUAUCAUGUAAUCCCGU